AAUUAAAUUAAAGUAUCUUGUGCACAGGUAUAUGCAAUAAGAUUAAAUAAAGAGGAAAGUUUGGAAAAUGAUGAACACUUUAGUCAGAAAUUGUAAUAAAUUAAAUAUUAUCCAAAAUGAAAUUAGAGUCAUUUCAAUUAGAGGAUAUUCAAGUGAUGCACAAGCAGAACUUCAAAAACAAAGAGAAGAAGCUAGAUUAGAUAGAAUUAAAAAAUCAAAAGAGAAUGCAAAAAAAGUUGAUACUAGAAAUAAUACAGAGAAAAUUUUAGAAAAAUUUGAUAUACCAAGAAUUAUUGAUCUCAGCGAUCCAGUCUAUCGUUCUCAUCAAAAAAAUAUGAAAGAAGCACAAAAGAGAAUCAAUAAAAGAGAUGAAAGUUUACCAAAAUUAGAUUCACCACAUGCAGGUGUAUUUAAAUAUACAUCAGCUGUUAUCAUUGAAAGAUUCCCAUCACUCAAUCCAUUACCAACUGAAUACGAAGAACAAUACUAUCAAUCAGUUCAACGUCUCGAAGAAAUUAUUCGUAGACCACCAAUUCGUAUGUUAUCAAUUGUUGAAGAUCUCCCAGAAUUCAAAAUUGAAGUUAAAGAAAAAAAAGAAGGUGAAGAAGAUGCUGCUGAUGAAUUUGAAGAAGAUUUUUCAAACUAUCAACCAGAAAGCAGAUUAACUGAAGACGACAUCAAAGAUAACAGACAAUCAUUAGAUAGAAAAUUAGAUAAAUCUUUAUACCUCAUUAUUAAAAAAGCUGGUUCAAGAUACGAAUGGCAAUUCCCAGCCACCAAUUGGAUUAAAGGUGAAUCAAUUAAAAAUACCGCCGAAAGAGCAUUAAGAGACAGCGUUGGUUCAAAAUGGAAAUAUUGGAUUCCAUCACAAUCCCCAUGUGGUGUUUAUAAAUAUAGAGUCGAAAAUGAUGUCCAAGAUUUAAUUAAAGCCGAAGGUAUCAAGGAAUUUUUCUUUAGAGCCCAUUACUUUGGUGGAGAAUUACAAUUUAAUCCAAAAAUAGUUGAAGACUAUAAAUGGGUUUCAAAAGAAGAAUUAAAAGAAUAUUUUACUGGUGACUAUUAUAAUGAAACUCAUAAAUUAAUUUUUGAUGAUUGUUUUAUGCUCAUAUUAACGAAUAAAAAAAUAAAUGGUAAUAAUAAUUUUAUAAAAAAUAAAAAAUUUAAAUAA